AUGUUAAAUAUAGGAUACUUACUAUUAAAUUUAUUAGAUGCUAAAGAUGCUAAAUUAGACAAAUCUAAAGAGAGGAAGAAGGGAGGAGGUGAAUUGGAAAAAAAGUCUGAUCUGGCAGGUGAAGAUAAUGUUGAUAAUUUCAUUAGAAAAUCAUUGGUUAAUAACUUAAAAAAUAAUUUCGUACACAAAAGUUUUUAUCGACCAAAUGACAUUUUCAAUAAAAUGAGCGCCUUUAAAUCAUCUAAAAAAACUAAAAAGAAUAAACAUAAAAAGAAAAAAUCUAAUUUAAAAGAAGAGUCCUCAGAAUACUCUGAUUAUAGUAGAGAUUCAAUUACUGAAGAUAAUUAA